CUUUGCACCAGUUUUGUUUUGUCACACACUAGAAAGUUGAUUUGAAUCUUGAAUUUAAAAAUUUUGUAAACUUCUUGCCUUUGCAAUUGCUUAUACAGUGAUAAAGAUUAAAAACGGCAUAGAAAUCCACAGUCACUUUGUGAGCGUGUUUUAAUAUACGAGGUUGUGAAUAAUAUUACAAAAUGGGCUCUAGGUUCCAAAACAUCGAGCAAGGGCCGCCGAUCGAAGUUUUUCAACUUAAUAAACUUUUUACUGAAGAUACAUUUCAAAAUAAAGUGAACCUUGGUGUGGGAGCAUACAGAGAUGAAAAUGGCAAGCCCUGGGUACUGCCAGUGGUUCGUAAAAUGGAGAAACAGAUGGCAGAGGAUGCUACCCUUCUCCAUGAGUACCUGCCAGUGUUAGGUCUGGAGAGUUUCAGCAAUGCAUCAGUGUCAAUGCUUCUGGGACAGGAUAACCCUGUCAUUGCUGAGGGUCGGGCCUUCGGCGUGCAGACUUUAUCAGGCACGGGCAGCUUGCGCGUCGGAGCUGAAUUGCUCAACAAACAUCUCAAAUAUACGACUUUCUAUUACUCCAGCCCGACAUGGGAAAACCAUCAUCUGGUGUUUGUGAACUCUGGCUUCACUCAACCGCGUACGUACCGCUAUUGGGACGAAAAGACCCGCGCUAUCGACUUCGCUGGCUUUGUGGAGGACCUCAGCAGUGCUCCCGAGAACUCAGUGGUGAUACUGCACGCCUGCGCUCAUAAUCCGACCGGGAUCGACCCCACUCAGGAGCAGUGGAUAAAGAUUGCUGAUAUUAUGGAGGAGCGCAAGUUGUUCCCGUUCUUCGACAGCGCGUACCAAGGGUUCGCGUCGGGCGACCUGGACCGCGACGCGUGGGCGGUGCGCUACUUCGUCAAGCGGGGCUUCGAGCUCGUCUGCGCGCAGUCCUACGCCAAGAACUUCGGACUCUACAACGAGCGCGUAGGCAACCUGACGAUCGUGCUGUCGGACGCGAAGCACGUGGCGCCGCUCAAGUCGCAGCUGACGUGGAUCGUGCGCGGCAUGUACUCCAACCCGCCGGCGCACGGCGCGCGCGUCGUCGCCAACGUGCUCGCCGACGGCAGGCUGUUCGACGAGUGGAGAGAUCACAUCAAGUUCAUGUCUUCCAGAGUGAUCCAAAUGAGGGAAGCGCUAAGAGCCGAAUUGAUAAAAUUGGGCACACCGGGCAACUGGGACCACAUCGUCAAACAGAUCGGCCUGUUCUCGUACACCGGGCUGACGCCGCGGCAGAGCGAGCACCUCGUCCAGCAGCACCACAUCUACCUGCUGCGCUCCGGUCGCAUCAACAUCUGCGGCCUCAACCCCGGAAACGUCGCCUACGUCGCGCGCGCCAUCGACGACGCCAUCAGCAAGUUCCCGGACAAAGAUGACAAUUCGCGGGCAAAGUUAUAGCAACUGCAGUGUAGUGGCUCCUCGUGAGAUUGGUACGAAUUAUCAUUAAAAUGCUUGAGUUUGGGACAAAUUGGUGGUUGGUUUUAUGUUCGUCCUACCGUUACUGUAACUUUGGUGAAUUUGUAUAUUAUUAAAAAAAUAUAAAAAAUU